CGUGGGCGACGUGGAGAGGAUAAAUGCGGCAAAGCACAAGUGAAGAGGCCAUACUGGGACAUGCAUACGACACCGACAUGCUUUCACACAGAUGUCCAAACUGUGUCUACGCUGAGGAGCCAACGACCGAGGUCUCGAUCCGCCUCCAGAUGCGGAUCCUGCGCGCGGCACGCUUAAUCUCCGUGUCCAUGGUCCUGCUGCUCUUCAUGGUUCUGGGGAUACUGGCACUGCUUCUGUUUGGAUCACCGGCGUUAUCUGGCCAAAGCAAGGAACCAGAAAGCCCACCCAAUUCACCCGAAGCUCUAACCGGAAAACAGCAAUCGGAUCGUGAUGUGUCAUACCCAAGUGCCCUGUUAACAAUCACUAAACGAGCACUUUACCCUGAAUGGCAGUGGGAACAAGGUAACGCUCACCUACAGAGUAUGACUGUGUCCAAUGGGAACCUGAGUGUGUCCACUGAAGGCCUGUACAGGCUGUAUCUGCAGGUCACCUUUGAGUUUAUUCACAAAGCCUAUGGAAAGUGCCAAAGGUGUACAGACAGUGAGCCCAUGUGUGACAAAGACUUGAAGAUGUUCCUGGAGAUCUCUGUGCAAAGAUUUUCCAACAGUUACAAAUCCUUCAGGACUCUGCUGUCCAGUCAGGACACCAUGAGUUGCAGCCAUGACUGGAGUAAAACCAUGAUCACAACCGGGGUGUUUUUGCUGGAUGCCAACACCAAGCUCCGGGUCAAGUUACAGCAUAGCGAGCUUGUAAAUAAUCAGGACACUCACACUUUUUUUGGGGCUGAACCCACUGCUUCACUGCUGUUCAGUGCAGUGAAGAAAGCUGACAUCUGUGCAGCCAAUGACCCCUAA